AUGGCACUCUAUACAGCUCGUAUCCUUGCUGCUUUGAGUUUUUAUCCAAUCCUGUCUGGCGAUGAUUUCCCUGCUCAUGUCAGAGUGGCUGAUGCCAUCAUGGUGGCUGUUUACAUGUUUACUGCUGGCACAUCUCAACCCAAGAAGAGAGGUCCCAAGCCUGAUAGCAGACCGGCCCUUACCAGGCGGCAGGAACUCAACAGACAGGCUCAGCGAACGCACCGUGAACGAAAGGAGCUCUACGUCAAGUCCCUCGAGGACGAGGUUGUCCGCCUCAAGAACGUCUACGGCUCAGCCGCCGCCAACAGGAGCCAGGCUGCAGCGGAGAACAAGAAGCUCAGGGCUAUCCUCGCCAAGCACGGCCUCCCUCGGCCGCCCGUCGUUCGGCCUGCCACCGGCCAACAGCCGCCGAAUCACGCCCUGCAAAGGUCCGCUUCCCAAGCUGACAAUGACCAUGUUAUGGGCGAGGGCAAACUGCAGAAGAAGGGUGCAGAUGGCGACUAA